AUGGAUUUUUCAGGCACUGAAUCCAAAAUCUUAUAUGGAAAGGAGUCUCCUGAUAUCAUAAACCAAAACUCUUAUAUCUUCGGUGGUCCAAUCAUCAGCUCAGUGACUGAAACAAAUUUUGCUAAAUUGGAUGGGAGUCCAUCUCUUAGCAGGCUAAGCAAUUCUACAUACUCAAAAGAAUAUAUAAAAGAUAUCGAAACCCACCAAAAUAAAGCACAAAAAUAUAAUCUCAAAAAAAUCGAAUCUCAAGGGAAAAGCUAUGAAAAGAUAAAAAAUGCAUUAGCAGGUCAAUUGAGUAGUUUAAAGCAGCAGCUCGAGCUUAACGAAGAACUCCAAGGGAGAGAAUUAGACAAAAUAAAAGAAGAAUAUGAGAUAAGACUAGAAAAUAUCGACAAAGAUAGACAUGAAUCUGCAAGUCGCCUAAGACGAGAAAUUGAGAAAUAUGAAGAAAUUUUAUCUGUAAAUCAAAGACAAUUUGAUGAAUAUGAGUACGAAUAUGAGCAUUCAAGAAUGAAUAUUGAAGAUCAAAUUGAAAACUUAAAGAAAGAAGUUGAAGAAAUUGUUGAAAGCAUUGAUUACCAUAAGGAACUCUUAGAAGUUACGUCAAAAAAAGAAGUUGAAGAUAUCAAUAAAGAAAUUUCUUGUGAAAAUCAGCAGCACAUCUUAAAUUUGGAAAAAAUAAAGGCUCAAUCCUCUUCUUCUUAUAAUGAGCUGCUUCCAAGACUUGAAGCCAAAGAUAAAUUAAUUCAAAACUUGGAAUAUGAAAUAAUCGAGCUUAGGAAUCAUAUAUUAAGCCUAAAGGAAACAGCAGCAAAAGAUAUCCUUUCUUUAAGAGACACCAUGAGAUCUUCACAGAGAGUAAUCGAAGCCCAACAAAUGGAGCUGAAGCGGCUAAAAUCCAACCAUAUUUCUGCUACUUCUCAGGCUGAACUUCUGUCAAAAGAAGCUUCUUUAUUGGAAAAUGAAUAUGCAAGGCUUAAAAGAGACAAUUCAAACAUGUGGAAUGAAAUUCAAAGGCUGGAAGAUCUAGUUUAUGGCAAAAAUAUGGAUGAUUAA